GCGAGCAUUAAGAAUGCGCUCCUGAACACCGCCAAGGCGCCGGAGAGCACGCCAGUGCAGGGUCAGCGGAAGCAGGCAUCAUUGUAUACCAUCUCGGUGCACUUGGAGAUGAUCGACAUCCCGGGCAAGAAGAACGCUGGCGCACGCGUGACCUUUGCAGAUGGCGCCAGCCUCAAGGCCACGCAACCGGCCAACCGCCAUGGCCUCAGCACUUUGUCGGCUCGCGCGAUGGAGCAGGUGGGCCUUCCCAGCACCCCGGCAGGCGUGGUCAGGACGCAUGCCAACUUCAUGCCGCCCACCGCCGCCGCGAACCCCACGCAGGGCCGCAGUUGGGCGUGGGUGGGCGCCGCAUACGGGAACUCUGACGCGGCCGCGGCCAAAGCAUGCAACUUCAUCGGCGACAUCACGAAGCACAUCCUCAUCGACGCCUUCGUGUCCGCAGACAUGGCCGUCCCCGCCACUCCAAACCAGACCGCGUGGAGUGCGCAGGCGAAGAUACUUUCUAACCGCGUGUCAAUGACCCGCACGGGCACCAAGCACACCUCGGAGCCGUACACCAUCACUGAGUUGCUGAACUUCGCGAUCUCAAUUGCGCCGAAUGUGCCCGUCAAGGUUCACAACGCCCUGAAGACGUGGGCUUCCGAGCUCGGCAGCGUCGUGGCUUUCACCCAGCCCGUCACGCCAUCGACUUCCUCUUCUUCCACGUCGCAGCCCUCCGCCGGCGUCGCCCCGUCCAAGAAGCCCGCCAGCAAGUGCCCCGUGACGAAGACCAUCGCGAAGACGACGGCGGCGGUGAG